AUGGCUAGGUCUCAAUGUACAACUUGUGGUCUCAAUCGCCAAAAUUGUCGAUGUAUACCACCCACCGGUCCGAUCGAGAUUACUUCAGCUUAUUGUUGUUCUUGCUACCUUUGUUCCGCUCUUUUCUUCUACCUUCUCCCUCUCCUCUUUGUAGGUAUUGGAAACCUUUUCGGCGGCAAAGAUAUUUGUUUCUUGGAGCUCUUUAUUAACUCCAUCUCCGUCUCAAACGCAAACGCCUCAAACGCUGAUUGGAGAUUCGGUUUUCUUGCCAAGAGUCCAGUCACUGGCUGUAAAAUCUCUCUACAUACAAUGAAAUCUCGUCUCCUUCGUGGCGACGAGGUUAUAUCCGACGUAUCUCUGAUGUCGAAUUCUUUCGGACAACUUGUUGAUGCCCGUGGAACUGAUGGACCGGUGACAAGUGUCGGUUUUAAAAACCUGAUGACGCCGGGAGUUAUCGGCGGCGUGGUUUGGGAUUUUCGCGUGGAGAUUGUCGCUGGAGUGGAGACAGAAACUGGACAUGGUAUCUUGAGUGUUUUUUGCGGCGGUUGA